AUGGCUACUGCUUCUGAUACACAACAUGUGGGGAAAAGAGACACCAGUGUCUGGGCCAACAUCAGGUUCAUCUGGUUCACUAUUCUUGUGGGGUUUUCUCUUCUCGAGUAUGGAUUCGACAAUGGCGAAAUCGGUGGCUUUCAAGCCAUGGUCGGUUUCCUUCAAGUGUUCGGCUACGAAGAUCCCAGAGUCCCAACGGGCUGGAACAUCAGGCCUGUGCCACAACAAAUCAUCAGUUCUUUCAUGCUUCUCGGCUCCUUCAUUGCGAGUUGCUGCACUGGGCUGAUAGGUACCUACCUCGGUCGCCGACAUUCCCUCAUGUCUGGAUGUGCACUCUUGAUUGUCGGGGUUACAAUCCAGAUCGUCACCACUUCCAUGGGAGCAUUGUACUUCGCUCGGUUGAUCACCGGACUUUCAAACGGAAUUUUGAUGAGUUUCACUUUUCUCUACGUCGUGGAAAUGGCGCCGCCCUACUUCAGAGGUCUCGGAUAUGCUUUCUGCUCCUGCUGGGUCACUUUGGGAACUGCCAUCGGCUAUGUUAUCACCAAUUCGACAGAGAAGAUCCACAACAGACAUGCGUAUCAAAUCCCUCUAUACACACUAUACGCGAUUCCAGCGAUCAUCUUCAGUUCUUUGCCAUUCCUCCCCGAAUCUCCGCGUUGGCUCCUUCUUCAUGGAAAGACCGAACAGGCUCUCAAAUCUCUGAGCUGGAUUCGAAAUGGCGCAUAUGACGACCUUGCCCUGAGACAAGAAUAUGAGGAAAUGAAACUAAACGCCAUGCACGAGAUUGAGACCCAGUCGUCGUUUCUUCUCUUCGACAUGCUCCGCAGCCGCAACAUUCGACGCAGCCUCAUUAGCGUUGGCAUCGGUCUCAUUAAUCCUGCCAUGGGCGGUAUGUUCGUCAUGGCUUUUGCGACUUACUUUUUCACCGUGGUUGGCGUUGAAAGUCCCUUCAGAUGGAUCAUCAUGUGUCAAUUCCUGGGUGUUUUAGGCCAGGUUACUUCCUACUUCUUCAUCGACCGCGUCGGCCGAAGAACAAUGUUACUCAUCGGAACCAGCAUCUGCGCGAUUUCGAUGCUACUUCUCGGUGUCGUUUCCACACCUUCGAGUGUACGAUACUCAGCGGCUUACGGGAAAGUUGUUAUCUUUUUGUUCUCCUUUUACCUCUGGGGGUUCAACUUCGGUGUCACCUCCAUGACCUAUCUUGUUGCUGGGGAAAUCCCUGCGCAGAACCUACGUGCCUAUACUUCUGGCAUCUCGACCGGGGCAGGAUUCGUCUUUGCCUGGCUUACCGCUUUUACGGCACCUUACUUCAUCAACCCUAGCGAGCUGAACUGGGGCGGGAAAUAUGGUUAUAUCUGGUUCGGGACCUGUGUCGUGGCAAUCAUCUUCGUGUUUCUCUUCGUGCCAGAGGUCCGCGGGAGAACACUUGAAGAGAUCGAAGAGAUGUUCGACAAGAAGAUCUCCGCGAGAGACUUCUCCACGUAUGUUUGUGACAACGUAAUCAUUGCCCGAGAACAGGCCGAGGAAGUUGUCUACGGCGAGAAGAAGCCAGAGCGUGUCGAGGUCGUCCAUGUUGAGGCUGCCGACAGUGCGUGA